UUCAAUCCGGUGUGUUAAGUAAGGGUGUUCCAUGACUGGAAUUGAGAACCACUGACUUGGAAUGGAAUUCUUUCUUUAGAUAAAACUUGCCAUUCACCAACCCUGAUCAAAGCCGCCUACCUCAGAUUUUUCUAAUGAUCCCAAAGACAUUGACUGGCACUGAUUAACAUGCUCGGGUGUGUUUGACUAGGGUUGGAGCUAAACUCUGCAGGAAUGUGGAUCUCGAAGUCCAGAUUUAAGGAUCUCUGGUCUAUAUGCACAAACUAAAGCUGACUAUCUGUGUUCAUGCAGUGAAGCCAGGUCAAUGUCCCAUACCGGAGAUGAUCCCACUCUGUGCUGAUAGCUGUUUCAAUGAUGGCCAGUGUCCUGCCACACAGAAAUGUUGCCCAACCACCGGUGGCUUUGCAUGCAGUGAACCGCGUGGCCAGGGAAGAGGUCAGGCAACUUGCCAUGGAAACGGUUCUGGCCAGGGAAGCGGCUAUGGCCAGGGCGCGGGUCAGGGAAGCGGCUAUGGCCAGGGCGCGGGUCAGGGAAGCGGCUAUGGCCAGGGCGCGGGUCAGGGAAGCGGCUAUGGCCAGGGCGCGGGACAGGGCGCGGGUCAGGGAAGCGGCUAUGGCCAGGGCGCGGGACAGGGCGCAGGACAGGGAAGCGGCUAUGGCCAGGGUGCGGGACAGGGCGCAGGACAGGGAAGCGGCUAUGGCCAGGGCGCAGGUCAGGGAAGCGGCUUUGGCCAGGGUGCAGGACAGGGUGCUGGCCAGGGAAGCGGCUAUGGCCUGGGAAGCGGCUAUGGCCAGGGUGCAGGAGCUGGACAGGGAAGUGGCGCAGGAGUUGGACAGGGAAGCGGCUAUGGCCAGGGUGCUGGAGCAGGACAGGGAAGCGGCUAUGGCCAGGGCGCUGGAGCAGGACAGGGAAGCGGCUAUGGCCAGGGCGCUGGAGCAGGACAGGAAAGCGGCUAUGGCCAGGGCGCUGGAGCAGGACAGGGAAGCGGCUAUGGCCAGGGCGCUGGAGCUGGACAGGGAAGCGGCUAUGGCCAGGGCGCAGGAGCUGGACAGGGAAGCGGCUAUGGCCAGGGCGCAGGAGCUGGACAGGGAAGCGGCUAUGGCCAGGGCGCAGGAGCUGGACAGGGAAGCGGCUAUGGCCAGGGCGCAGGAGCUGGACAGGGAAGCGGCGCUGGAGCAGGACAGGGAAGCGGCGCUGGAGCAGGACAGGGAAGCGGCUAUGGCCAGGGCGCUGGAGCAGGACAGGGAAGCGGCUAUGGCCAGGGCGCUGGAGCAGGACAGGGAAGCGGCAAUGGCCAGGGCGCAGGAGCAGGACAGGGAAGCGGCGCAGGAGCAGGACAGGGAAGCGGCGCAGGAGCAGGACAGGGAAGCGGCGCAGGAGCAGGACAGGGAAGCGGCGCAGGAGCAGGACAGGGAAGCGGCGCAGGAGCAGGACAGGGAAGCGGCGCAGGAGCAGGACAGGGAAGCGGCGCAGGAGCAGGACAGGGAAGCGGCUAUGGCCAGGGCACAGGAGCAGGAAAGGGAAGCGGCGCUGGAGCAGGAGCAGGACAGGGAAGCGGCGCUGGCCAGGGCGCUGGAGCAGGACAGGGAAGCGGCGCUGGCCAGGGCGCUGGAGCAGGACAGGGAAGCGGCUAUGGCCAGGGCGCUGGAGCAGGACAGGGAAGCGGUGCAGGAGCAGGACAGGGAAGCGGCUAUGGCCAGGGCGCUGGAGCAGGACAGGGAAGCGGCGCUGGAGCAGGACAGGGAAGCGGCGCUGGAGCAGGACAGGGAAGCGGCGCUGGAGCAGGACAGGGAAGCGGCGCUGGAGCAGGAGCAGGACAGGGAAGCGGCGCUGGCCAGGGCGCUGGAGCAGGAGCCGGACAGGGAAGUGGCGCUGGAGCAGGAGCCGGACAGGGAAGUGGCGCUGGAGCAGGAGCCGGACAGGGAAGUGGCGCUGGAGCAGGAGCAGGACAGGGAAGUGGCGCUGGAGCAGGAGCAGGACAGGGAAGUGGCGCUGGAGCAGGAGCAGGACAGGGAAGUGGCGCAGGAGCAGGACAGGGAAGUGGCGCUGGAGCAGGAGCAGGACAGGGAAGCGGCGCUGGCCAGGGCGCUGGAGCAGGACAGGGAAGCGGCGCUGGCCAGGGCGCUGGAGCCGGACAGGGAAGCGGCGCUGGCCAGGGCUCUGGAGGCGGACAGGGAAGCGGCGCUGGGGCAGGAGCCGGACAGGGAAGCGGCGCUGGGGCAGGAGCCGGACAGGGAAGCGGCGCUGGCCAGGGUGCUGGAACAGGAGCAGGACAGGGAAGUGGCGCUGGAGCAGGAGCCGGACAGGGAAGUGGCGCUGGAGCAGGACAUGGAAGCGGCUAUGGCCAGGGCGCAGGAGCUGCACACGGAAGCGGCGCUGGAGCAGGAGCAGGACACGGAAGCGGCACUGGAGCAGGACAGGGAAGCGGUGCUGGCCAGGGAGCUGGAGCAGGACAGGGAAGCGGCGCUGGAGCAGGACAGGGAAGCGGCUAUGGCCAGGGCGCUGGAGCAGGACAGGGAAGCGGCGCUGGAGCAGGACAGGGAAGCGGCGCUGGAGCAGGACAGGGAAGCGGCGCUGGAGCAGGACAGGGAAGCGGCGCUGGAGCAGGACAGGGAAGCGGCGCUGGAGCAGGACAGGGAAGCGGCGCUGGAGCAGGACAGGGAAGCGGUGCUGGAGCAGGACAGGGAAGCGGCUAUGGCCAGGGAGCUGGAGCAGGACAGGGCAGCGGCGCUGGAGCAGGACAGGGCAGCGGCGCUGGAGCAGGACAGGGCAGCGGCGCUGGAGCAGGACAGGGAAGCGGCGCUGGAGCAGGACAGGGAAGCGGCUAUGGCCAGGGCGCUGGAGCAGGACAGGGAAGCGGCGCUGGAGCAGGACAGGGAAGCGGCUAUGGCCAGGGCGCUGGAGCAGGACAGGGAAGCGGCGCUGGAGCAGGACAGGGAAGCGGCUAUGGCCAGGGCGCUGGAGCAGGACAGGGAAGCGGCGCUGGCCAGGGCGCUGGAGCAGGACAGGGAAGUGGCGCUGGAGCAGGACAGGGAAGCGGCUAUGGCCAGGGCGCUGGAGCAGGACAGGGAAGCGGCGCUGGAGCAGGACAGGGAAGCGGCGCUGGAGCAGGACAGGGAAGCGGCGCUGGAGCAGGACAGGGAAGCGGCGCUGGAGCAGGACAGGGAAGCGGCGCUGGAGCAGGACAGGGAAGCGGCGCUGGAGCAGGACAGGGAAGCGGCUAUGGCCAGGGCGCUGGAGCAGGACAGGGAAGCGGCGCUGGCCAGGGCGCUGGAGCAGGACAGGGAAGCGGCUAUGGCCAGGGCGCUGGAGCAGGACAGGGAAGGGGCGCUGGAGCAGGACAGGGAAGCGGCUAUGGCCAGGGCGCUGGAGCAGGACAGGGAAGCGGCUAUGGCCAGGGCGCUGGAGCAGGACAGGGAAGCGGCUAUGGCCAGGGCGCUGGAGCAGGACAGGGAAGCGGCGCUGGGGCAGGAGCCGGACAGGGAAGCGGCGCUGGGGCAGGAGCCGGACAGGGAAGCGGCGCUGGGGCAGGAGCCGGACAGGGAAGCGGCGCUGGCCAGGGUGCUGGAACAGGAGCAGGACAGGGAAGUGGCGCUGGAGCAGGAGCCGGACAGGGAAGUGGCGCUGGAGCAGGACAUGGAAGCGGCUAUGGCCAGGGCGCAGGAGCUGGACACGGAAGCGGCGCUGGAGCAGGACACGGAAGCGGCACUGGAGCAGGACAGGGAAGCGGUGCUGGCCAGGGAGCUGGAGCAGGACAGGGAAGCGGCGCUGGAGCAGGACAGGGAAGCGGCGCUGGAGCAGGACAGGGAAGCGGCGCUGGAGCAGGACAGGGAAGCGGCUAUGGCCAGGGCACUGGAGCAGGACAGGGAAGCGGCUAUGGCCAGGGCGCUGGAGCAGGACAGGGAAGCGGCGCUGGAGCAGGACAGGGAAGCGGCGCUGGAGCAGGACAGGGAAGCGGCUAUGGCCAGGGCGCUGGAGCAGGACAGGGAAGCGGCGCUGGAGCAGGACAGGGAAGCGGUUAUGGCCAGGGCGCUGGAGCAGGACAGGGAAGCGGUUAUGGCCAGGGCGCUGGAGCAGGACAGGGAAGCGGCGCUGGAGCAGGACAGGGAAGCGGCGCUGGAGCAGGACAGGGAAGCGGCGCUGGAGCAGGACAGGGAAGCGGCGCUGGAGCAGGACAGGGAAGCGGCGCUGGAGCAGGACAGGGAAGCGGCGCUGGAGCAGGACAGGGAAGCGGCGCUGGAGCAGGACAGGGAUGCGGCGCUGGAGCUGGACAGGGAUGCGGCGCUGGAGCAGGACAGGGAAGCGGCUAUGGCCAGGGCGCUGGAGCAGGACAGGGAAGCGGCGCUGGAGCAGGACAGGGAAGCGGCUAUGGCCAGGGCGCUGGAGCAGGACAGGGAAGCGGCGCUGGCCAGGGCGCUGGAGCAGGACAGGGAAGUGGCGCUGGAGCAGGACAGGGAAGCGGCUAUGGCCAGGGCGCUGGAGCAGGACAGGGAAGCGGCGCUGGAGCAGGACAGGGAAGCGGCUAUGGCCAGGGCGCUGGAGCAGGACAGGGAAGCGGCUAUGGCCAGGGCGCUGGAGCAGGACAGGGAAGCGGCGCUGGAGCAGGACAAGGAAGCGGCUAUGGCCAGGGCGCUGGAGCAGGAGCAGGACAGGGAAGCGGCUAUGGCCAGGGCGCUGGAGCAGGACAGGGAAGCGGCGCUGGCCAGGGCGCUGGAGCAGGACAGGGAAGUGGCGCUGGAGCAGGACAGGGAAGCGGCUAUGGCCAGGGCGCUGGAGCAGGACAGGGAAGCGGCGCUGGAGCAGGACAGGGAAGCGGCUAUGGCCAGGGCGCUGGAGCAGGACAGGGAAGCGGCUAUGGCCAGGGCGCUGGAGCAGGACAGGGAAGCGGCGCUGGAGCAGGACAAGGAAGCGGCUAUGGCCAGGGCGCUGGAGCAGGAGCAGGACAGGGAAGUGGUCAAGGGAAGUGUCGGGGAUGUGGCAAAGGUCAAUGUCGCCUUUAGGGACAUGUUCAUGGGAAUUUUGCAUAAUACUUUCUGGGGGUCUUUUCCAAUUCUUUUGUUCAGAUGUCAUGUUUUCCCUGUUUGCUCAAACUGUUUAGAAAGAUUUUCUGACUCUCUCUACCACUACUAUCACCUCAAAUAAAUAAAAAAUUGCUUGAUUUGAA